AUGACUCACGUAAGACAAUUUGACCACCUCAAAAUCCCAUUAGAAAGUAUAAAAUCAGCAACCAACAAUUUUGCUCAAGAAAGUUUGAUUGGCCGAGGCGGAUUUGGGAAAGUUUAUAUGGGAGUAAUCGACCAUUCCACAGGCCAACACACCAAGGUUGCUUUCAAGCGUUUAGAUCGUGUUUUUGGGCAAGGAGAUCCAGAGUUUUGGAAGGAGAUUAUGUUGCUUUCCUUAUACAGACAUGAAAAUAUAGUCUCUCUCUUAGGGUAUUGUGACGAUUUUGGGGAGAAGAUCCUCGUGUACGAGUAUGCAUCUAAGAAAAGCCUCGACUCUUAUAUUAACAGUGAGGAACUAACUUGGGUUCAACGUCUUCAGAUAUGUAUAGGGGCGGCACGUGGACUGUCAUACCUGCAUGCUCCUAGCGAUACACAACUUAGAGUAUUGCAUCGCGAUAUUAAGAGCUCUAAUAUAUUAGUAGAUGAAAACUGGAAUGCCAAAAUCGCAGAUUUUGGUCUCUCCAAAUUUGCUCCUGUAAACAAAGAUUUCACUUAUCUUAUAUCCAAUGCAGUUGGCACAUUUGGUUAUUGUGAUCCGCUCUAUGUAGAGACAGGGUUGUUAACAAAAGAGUCGGAUGUUUACUCUUUUGGUGUAGUGUUGUUUGAGUAUAAAGGAUGA